GGACACUGACUGAUGUAAUCUUUCUUCUGACAAUACUAAGCCUCUGACUAGCAUGCUCUUACACAUUUAAAGCAGUUCUAUCGUUGAUAUUGUUAUCACCGUAUUCAUUCCUCGUUUAUUUGAGACGCUGAGUAAUCCAAAUUUUUUUCACAUCUUUAUCAAACCAUUAAGAUGUCAAAGUGUUUAAUUUUUUUUUUAAUGUUAUUUUGUCGUAUCAUUUAACAUAUAAGUUAAAAUCUUGCCAUUGUCUCACAACGAUAUUUUGUUUCUAAUACUCUUGUUUCUAAUACAUAUAAGAUUGUUGCAUUACGAUAUUUCUUUGUCAGAAUUCUUUGAUCCGGUUUUAUUAUUUGCAACUCAUUGUUUUUUUUUUUUUUUACUUUUUUAAUAAGCUUUUUAAAAAACUUAUUAAUAUUUACAAGAUUUGUUUUUUUAAAUAACACAAUCUAAACGUAUACAGUACGUAAUUGUCUUCGUUCAAUUAUCAUGCUUUUGAGGUUAGAAAUAUUACGGAUACUUAUGUUUGUUUGACUAAGGCUAUAAUACAAAAUAGUUUUACAUGAAAGUACAAGAAUAAGAUAUCAUUGGAAGCGAUAGAAAUAUUAAUCGUGAAGCUCUAUUUUUAUAUAUGUAAUUUUUGUACAAUCUAUUACAAUAUGGCAACCUCAAUGGAUUCCAUAUGCAAUACUAUUGGUAUUGAUAGAGUGGAUAUGCGUGAAAGAAUGGUUUUAAUCGAAGAGCAACAUGGUUGUGAUGCAAAUUUUUUAGUGAAUGCACUUAUUGCAAAUGCAUUGAAGAAAGACUGUGGAAUUUGUUUUGUACUUUUUCAUAAUACAUUUAGUCAUUAUCAUAAUGUAGGUAUGAGAAUUGGUUAUAACCUAAUGACAUUAAAAGAAAAGGGUAAAGUUGCUCUUGUGGAACCCAUGAAAGAAUUAAUGCAUAAUAUAAAUGAGAUAUGCACGGAUACCGAAACUAUGGAUGUUGGUAAUAGAAUUUUCUCCGAUUUAUGUAUCAAAGUGUCAGAUAGUAGCAAAGAUAACAGAUUCGAUGGUAUGACCGUGGUUGAUAACAUGUUUAAACUUCUAAGAGAUAGCUAUAAUGAAGUAGCAAGUCAAAACAAAACAGUUUUAAUUAUUAUAGAGGAUAUUUCUCAUCUGUCAGAUUUAGGAUUAAGUCUUAGAGAUUCUAUGUACUAUGUAAGAUAUAUAAGAUCGCUUAUGGAAUCUCAUCCUAUGACACAGUUAUGUGUUACAGUACAUACAUACCACAACAAUGCGCAAAAUUGUAUUCUUGAUUUCAUUUGUAAUAACCUUAAAUAUAUGGCAGAUCUUGUUCUUAUAGCAGAACCAUUAGUGACUGGUCAUUCUAGUGAUGCCUCUGGAAAAGUAACAGUCUGCUGGAAUGUAGAUUCUAUAAGAAGCGAAUAUCAUUGGACAGAAAAAAUGACAUAUUUAUAUAAAUUGCUAGAUUGGCAUGUAAAAAUAUUUGCACCUGGUGCAACGACAUUUGUGACAUAAAAGAUUUGCUGAUGAAAA